GGAUGGUUGUAGUUUGUAUGCAGUAACUGGAAGAUAUAUACUAAAUGUGUGUUAAAAGAACUGUGCAGAUGACACAGGACCAGGGGCGGACUGACAACUCAUGGGGCCCCCAGGCAAUAGGGGAUCAUGGGGCCCCUGUGUCCUUGCCCAAACUCAAAAAAGCCUAUGAAAAAGGUACCAGGGGCAUCUCAUGGGGCCCCCUACUGACCCCGGGCCCUCGGGCAGUGCCCGAGUUUCCAAAU